AGAAGUAUUGUAGGCCUAUAAAUAUAUAAUAUGGACCAAGUGGCAGCAGGAAUAUUGCUGAUUAAUUUGCAACAUGAAGGCGUCUCACGUUGUUCUCGUCUUGGCCGUCUGUCUUCCAGUCUUGCUAGCCUCACGCAGCAAGAGAUCCCUAUGGGGGCUCAGGUCCCAGAUUCUCUGCACCAUUCCUGGCAGUUGGCCACUCGUCAGCUAUGCUGACUAUGGAUGCUACUGUGGCAAGGGAGGCUCUGGAAUACCUGUUGAUGCCCUCGACACAUGCUGCCAAACUCAUGACCAUUGCUACCACGCUGCAAAGGCAGAUAAAGCGUGCAUACCCUACCUGGAUAACCCGUACACCCACGGCUACCACCAAACAUGUGACAAGAGCACCAAGACCGUGACCUGUCUCAGUUCCAAUGAUGCCUGUCAGAUGUUUAUCUGCGAGUGUGACAAGAAGGCAGCCAUGUGUUUCUCCCAGGCAAAAUACAUCCCAGCUCACGACCACUAUAACCAGGAUCUCUGUAGUAAAUAAAAUGAAUACGACCAUGAGCUCUGUAGUAAAUAAGAUGAUCAGGACCAAGAGCUCUGUUGUAAAUAAGAUGACUAGGACCAGGAGCUCUGUAGUAAAUAAUGUGAUUAAGACCAGAAGCUCUGCAGGAAACAACCACACCCUCUGAUCACCCUCUAUGGGCAUACCUAAUACAUUCAUUGGACACACACACAGUGGGUUGUUUAGGUAUUCAUUUAUCAAACUAUUUGUCAAUAAAAUAAUCAAACAGAACUGUCUGUUCUAUUAUAAUUGUUCCUCAUGAAGACACCUUGUUAUUGUUGUUGUAGGUUUUGGAUAAAUAAGGAGAUGGUGUUUGUUGUUGCACUUUGCCUUGCGGGGUUAGUGUGCACGGGGGAAGCUCAGAACUGUGAUUCUUGGCUAAAUGACAGCUGGCCUGUGCAGGACUGCAGCGACUAUGGUUGCUCCUGUGGGAAGGCGGGGCUCUGGCUCAGCUUUUGACAAGCAGGUGUGUAAGCGAACCACAGCUGGGGGUUGGGGUUGGAGACAACUUGAACGUAAAAUUAGUUGUCUCCAACCCCAUUAGCCAGGUAAUAUGUCACAAUGCAUUUUUUGAAAGGAUGUUAAAAAACAAAUGCAAAGUAGUAUUGUUGUUUCUAUUGCUUUUCUUGAUUUGUUAAGAAAAUUUUCAAAUAUACUUUGUUGGGCAAUGAUUAAAAGAGAACUUCAUAAUUACCUUAAAUUGUAGAAUUGUAUUUGAUCUAAAAGAUUGUGACUCAGAUGCAUGGACAUAUUAUAGAAUGGACAACGGAUUCCAAAAUGGCGGCCAUUCAUCUGAGUCACAACGGCUGUUUCCCAAUGUCAAGGAAGCAUGCUCAACGGCCGCCCUUUUGAGGACGCUACGUCAUAGAACGCCGACAAGCACUGUUCCAAUGUUGAGGACACUCGAAAGCCGCCAUUUGCGAGCCAAAACUACCCACAAUCCACUGCGUUCACACGCUGCACGGGAUAUAAAAAAUGGCAGAGGGAAAGCAGCACACGUUCAAAUGUAAGUGAAGUUAUAUUAAAGUUUUCAGAAAUAUUUUGUGCCGUAUUGGUUUUUAUAGAUUCAUCAUGUUAAUGCAAAUAUUCAAGCUUAAAGACCUGUGCCACUUUUCAAACGUUUUUGCAACUUAAUGAUACGUUGCUAUAUUUUGCAUGGACGUAGCUGGUGUUAAACACCACUGUCAACAAUGUAAAUUUACUCGCUCACAAGAUUACAUUAUUUAUGUAUACCUAUUUAUGUUUGUGUUUAAUCUUUUUUUUUAGGGUCAGCCCAGCAAACGGAGGCUUUUGUGCACCUAAGGAUGACCCACAAAAAUGUUGUCAAAUAAAUGCACAUUUGCAAUGUUUGUAAUUUGUAAUGAACGUAUAUAAUUGUAUUUUAUAUAAUAUACUUAUGUGUUCAAAGCACUGGUAGAUUGUAGGUAUAUAUGAAUGAAUCAGAUCAGUUAAAUAAUAUAUCCAAAUAAAUACAUGUUUAUCAUCA